AUGUCUUCGCAAGCCACCAUAAACAUCACCGUGAUCGGAGGCGCCGGUCUGAUCGGCCGACGGCACGUAACGCACGUCCUCGACGAGCCGAUGACGACGCUGUGCUGCAUCGUCGAUCCGACGCCCGCGGGCGCCGCCCUCGCGGCCGAGCUCCAAAUCCCCAAUUACCCCUCAGUGGAAGCACUGGUCGCCGCGCGCAACGCCGGCUCCCUCACCGUCGAUGCCGCGAUCGUCGCCACGCCCAACACCACGCACGUGCCGCUGGGCCUGCUCUGCAUCGACAACGACAUCUCGGCGCUAGUCGAGAAGCCGAUUUCCAUUGACGGGGCGUCGGCGAUCUCCUUGCUGCGCGCGGCGGAGCGCGCGCAAGCCCGCGGCUCCACCGCUCGCGUCCUCGUCGGACACCAUCGAAGACAUAACCCGUAUAUACGCGCGACGAAGAAGGCGCUCGACGCCGGGGUGCUGGGCAGGCCCGUCGCGUUCUCGGGCGCCUGGACGCUGCUGAAGGAUGCGAAGUACUUUGAUGUCGAGUGGCGCAGGAAGAACGGCUCUGGCGGCCCGAUCCUGAUCAAUAUGAUCCACGAGAUCGAUAACCUCCGAUACCUCUUUGGCGACGUCGAGCGGGUCUAUGUCGAGCGCGGCAAGGAGACGCGUGGCUACGAGGUCGAGGAGACGAUUGUCAUGACCCUGAGGUUCGUGUGCGGCUUGGUCGGCACGUUUGUCCUCUCGGACGCGGUCGCGUCGCCGUAUAAUUGGGAGUCCGCGUCCGGCGAGAACCCGUUGAUCCCGAAGACCGGGCAGGCCGUGUACACGAUCAUGGGCACGCGCGGGUCGAUGACCGUGCCUGAGCUAAGGAGGUGGCACUACGACGGGCAGGGGGCUGAGGGCUCGUGGUUGACGCCCAUGGCGAUAGACGAUAGCCUCAAGAGCGAGAUCGACGAUGUGCCGCCGUUUACGCUGCAGCUUAGGGAUCUGGUCGCUGUGCAGAGGGGCGAGAAGGAGCCCACGUGCUCGGGUGUCGAGGGUUGUAAGAGUCUCUUUGUCGUCGAGGCUAUCACGAAGAGCAUGGAGACGGGUGUGCCGGUCAUGGUGGAGAAGCCACAGUUGUAG